UUUGCUGGAAGACUAACUUUGGUGCAAUCUGUACUGAUGACUAUCCAAACAUAUUGGACUCAGAUCAUGAUUCUUCCAAAGAGUAUCUUCAAAAAUUUCAAUAACAUUUGUAGAUGCUUUCUCUGGAAAGGGGUUGCUGAUUAUAGUAGUCCUGGUAAAGUGGCUUGGAAACAACUGUGCAGACCAAAGAAUGAGGGUGGAUUGGGGCUGGUUAAUUUAAAUCUAUGGAAUCUAGCUGCUAUGGGAAAACAUGUGUGGAUGAUAGCCACAAAAAGAGAAAACAUCUGGGUUAGAUGGGUUCACUCAGUGUAUAUUAAAGGGGAGAAUUGGUUGGAUUGCUCUCCUAAGAAUACUGAUAGUUGGUACUGGAGGUCCAUUCGUCAUGUUAGAGAUCUGAUGAAAGUUCAUCUGUCAGAGGCUCAGUUAUGUUCUAUCCAGAAAUACUCUAUCAAAAAAGCAUACUGCAAGUUGAUCCUUCCUGUUGCUGAAAAAGUAUACUGGGCUAGUGCUGUGUGGAGUCGUUUAGCCCAAGCUAAGCACAUAUUCAUCACCUGGCUAGCUAUUUUAGAAAGACUUAACACUAAAGACAGAUUAAGAUAGUUUGGGCUGUCUAUGGAUGAUUUAUGCUUACUGUGUGGUGCUGAUACUGAGAACCAUAAUCAUCUGUUUUUUUUGCUGUCACUAUAGUUCUCACAGUUGGUCUCAAAUUGCUGGCUUCUUGCACAUUAGUCCCACUACUAGAUAUCAACCUCAGUUGAUUAGAUGGAUCCAUAGGAGGAACAUCUCUAAAUUCAGAAAAGGGGUGUAUUUCACCUUUGUCUAGUGCACUGUCUAUCACAUAUGGAAAGAAAGGAACAAUGCAUUCUGGAACAAUCAGAUUAGCUGCAUUGAUAAAUUGUGUAGCCUUGUAAAGAGUAGUGCUUGUAAUAGAUUGUAUUUUGUUCUGCCUAGAGUUCUUAACUCAAGGGAUAGGAGCUGGUUUCUUACCCUUGCAGAAGGGUAGUCUUGUUUGGCUUUGUGCUUGUUGGUAAGUUUCAGUGGAGGUUUGUUCCACUUGAUGCCAGUUUGUAAUUGUUGUGAAUAAUAUAUACAAAAUCACUAGUAGAAAAAACCCCUGUUGCAACCCCCUUGUUGCAGCGUACAUGUAAUAAUACGCUUCAACAACCAGUAGGUCAACGCGGGUCAAACUUUAUAAAGGGUUGUUGCAGCGUACAAAUUAAUUGCCCGCAGCAAGAGAGUUUUUUGCAGCGUACAAAAUAAAAGCCCCCUGCAAUAGCCCAUUUAUUUUGCAGCGUACAGAUAAAAGCCCGCUGCAAUAAAAAAAUUUCGCUGCAAAGCUAAUUAAGAAAAACAUUUCGGAUCUCAAACCUAAGGACGCUCAUACUCCCUCUUCUUCCCUCAGCUUUCCCUGCGUACUCUCUCACCUCCUCAUUCUUCUUCUUCUUCAUCUGCUCUCUUUCUCUCUCCUAAAUCCCUUCUUUCUCCGCCUGAACCACCACCUUGAAUUCUGUCGCUGCCCUACCCCCUCCCAUCGUCAUCCCCGCAGUUCCUUCACUCCACCACACUCAAUUUUACAUCUUAUCUUUCGCUUCAAGAAAUUUGAAAGGGGUGACGUAAAAAAUGGGAACCCGAGAAGUGUACGAGGAGAAGCUUCGAACUGGAAAUGUGUAUCACCAUGAUCCCACCAUUAAUCCUGGCCUCGGCACCCCUCGCUGCCCCCGUUGUCUCUUUCUCCUCGACUCCGAUUUUGUAUAUUCUCUUUGACCCUUGUUAAUUUUUUAUUGUUUUAUUGUUUUUCUCUGCCUUUUUCUAUGCACAUAAACUGUUCGAUGAUUUGUCUCUCAGAAAUUUCUUGCAUUUCUGACGAUUUCCCUUUUUGGGUUUCUUUUUGAUUUAGAAAAAUGGUGAAUGGACAAUUACUUCUGUCUUGCACGAUGCUACAGCUGUGGUAUGCUCUCUCUCUUUCUCUUUGCUUAUACCCAGAUAAGCCAGACUUCCCCCAAUUCUGAGGUCCUUUUCGUGAAUUCUCCCCCGUUUUCUCGCCGCGGUUUCUUCCCCAGGUAACUCCCAUUUCGACGCUUUUUUCUGAAUCCCCCCUUUUUUGUUCUAAGUUUUCUCUAAUUCGUGGUUUUUUUGGGUUUUUUGCAAGUAAUUGUUGAAAUUGGGUGACAAUUCGUCUUGGUUUUUGUGAAAAUUUGCUCGAGUCUUUCUCUCCAAGCAUCUGGCCUUCGACCUCAGCCUUCGAACUCAGCCGCCUUCGAAAUUGAGGAGGUAUAGUUUUCUAACUUUUUGUAUUUGUUUUUCCCUAAUUUCGUAUUUUUAGGGUUUGCUUUCAGUCAAUUCUUGAUUUUCCCCUAAUUUCGUAUUUUUAGGGUUUGAUAAUAUAAAUUAUUCUUAUUCUUAUUUUUUGUGUUACUUGAUCUUUUGGUGAUACCACAUUACAACUAUUUGAGCCACGCAUCUCAAAAAUAUACGUUGGUAAAAAUACUUCUCUGCGAUAAUGAUUAUGUUGAAACUACUGUUGAUUUGAAUCUUUAAGUUUUAAGCAUGUCCCUUUUAUGUUAGUUUAUUUUUAAUGACUUCGCAGUGAGUCUGUACUUCAGCCCCUCAACCAGUUGCCUCCUCCAAAUGUCAAACGGGAGCUUAUAAUGCUUUCUUUACCGGCAAUAGCUAGCCAGGCCAUUGAUCCUAUGGCUCAGCUGAUGGAGACAGCUUAUAUUGGCAGUUUAGGUCCUGUACAGCUGGCAUCCGCUGGUGUUUCUAUGUCUAUCUUUAAUAUCAUUUCAAAGCUAUUCAACAUACCACUUCUUAGUGUUGCUACUUCUUUCGUAGCUGAAGAUUUAGCAAAGUCUUCUUCAGGAUUCUCCUAUGCGAGUACAAGCAGAGAAGUUUCUGUCGCUUAGAGCUCUUGGUGCCCCCGCUGUUGUACUUUCUCUGGCUCUUCAGGGUGUGCUGAGGGGAUUUAAGGACACAAAAACCCCUGUAUUCUGUCUAGGUGUUGCCAAUCUUGCAGCUGUUUUUCUGUUCCCGCUUUUCAUAAAUUAUUUUCAGAUGGGUGUCACUGGAGCAGCCACUGCCACUGUUGUGUCUCAAUACAUAGGUAGCUUCUUGAUGAUUUGGUUUCUUAGCAAGAGAGUAAUAUUAUUACCUCCAAAAUUUGGAGAUCUGAAGUUUGGGGUCUAUUUAAAAUCUGGUGGAUUUCUUAUUGGAAGAACUGUGGCUGUUUUGAUAACUAUGACGAUUGGGACCUCGAUGGCUGCUCGUCAAGGUCCUCUAGCUAUGGCUGCUCACCAAAUCUGUAUGCAAGUGUGGUUGGUUGUCUCUCUUUGAUGGAUUGGCCGCAUCUGGUCAGGUCUACACUCCGAGGAUUGCGCCUUAUGCGAGGAAUUUGAUGUGGUUCGUGAGCAAUGGGCUAAGUUUUUUACCAACAAGUAUUUAUUAUUGGCUUUAGCGCGCUUGAUCGAGUUGGUUUAGUUGUUAUAGAAUAAAUUUUAUAUUAAAAUGUAUGUUUAUGUUGAAAUUGGAACAUAUAUUUAAAUGUAAUAUGUGCACUUUGGUUUUGGGAUAUAUAGUAUACAAAACUCCAGUUGUUGUUUUUAUAUUUGUUAUACAGGUUGCGUUAUUCUAUUAUUGUUUUGACAGGUUUCUAUAUUUGGUGCAAGGCACUCUAGGUAUCCCUAAACAAAAUUAGAAUUUUCCCGCCAAAAGUGCUUUUUUGCAGCGUACAUAUAUGUUGUACGCUGCAACAAGGGAAAAAAAUUUGGCAAAAAUUCAGACUUGUUGCAGCGUACAAAUAAAUGUACGCUGCAAAAAAUUGAGUAAUUCAGACUUGUUGCAGCGUACAAAUAAAUGUACGCUGCAAAAAGUUGAGUCUUUUGCAGCGUACAUAUAUAUGUACGCUGCAACAAGUCCAAAAUUUUGCCAAUUUUUUGGCACUUGUUGCAGCGUACAUCUAAAAGCCCGCUGCAACAAGUCCAAAAUUUUGCCA